AUGCCAUUGUGUGAGCCUUUUGGCACAGCGUGGCGGAGAACCAGAGAAAGGUUCAGCCAUGCUGCGCAAUUUGUGAGGCAGCGCCUCAGACGGAGAAGAGUCAACCCAGCUCCGCCCUCUCCAUCAGCUGUUCCCGCGGCGCCACCUCCGAGCCCAGCUCCAAACGGGAAGCAUUCUAACUGGAGCUGGAAGCCAGGAGAAUGGAAAGCCAAUCGGAAACUGAGUAAAGCUCAGCUGGAAACAACUGACAAGCGGGUCCGCUUCGCUGGUCAGGCUUGGACUAUUCAGAGCAAGGAUGCCAGACCUGUCACCCCAGGUCCUAGGAGACUGAGGCGUCCUGGGACAGCAUCUCGCCAGAGGACUGCUGAAGAGCUGCAGGCAGAGAAGGAGAGAAGCCUGAAAAAAAAGCAGGAGAACAUGCGUAAACUGGCCGAUGACAUCAGAGCCAAAAACAAGAAGGCUUCUGUUGCAUUCAAGGACCGUGCUGCUUUGCAAGAAUCCGAGAAAAUCAAGAAGGCCAGCAACACUGUGCAGCAAAAGCAAGUGCGCUUUGAAGAGCGCCAGCGUCAGCUCCUUGAGGAGAAGCGCCGUAAGCGCAAAGAGAUGGAGGCCAAGCGCGAUAAGGUCAUUGAGAGGAAGGCCAAGAUGACCCGACACCUUGAGGUCUCUGAGAGCUCCUCAGAGGAGCUUGUUGGUGCCGUGGGAGGCCGUUCCCCAAGCCCCCCUCCAGCCCGGAGGAGGAUGCUUCCUGCCAGGCUUCCCAAGAUGCAGUACAUCCCCACAGUGCCUGCUGUGAACACCAGCUCCAGCGAUGACAGCGAGCUGGAGAACCCUGCUUACUUGACCACUGUCACCAGAGAGCUCAAGGCAGACACUGAGGAUACCAGCUUCAUUGAUCGUCCCAGCACUUCCACUGGUAGAACAGCCACAGUGAGCAAGAAAGGCAAGGGCCAGGGCAAGAAGUCUAAGCCUGCCCAGAAUGCUCUGCCUGAUGUUGAGACCAUUGACAGCAGCAGCAGAAUACCAGCUGCACUGGAGGCAAACACCACCUCUGUCUCAGCUGCUCAACUGGAGGCUGAAAUCGCUCCAGCUGUCAAGGCUUACCUGAUCAAAGUGCGCGAGAGCGAGGUGCGUGUGGAUAAUGUGGGCCCCAGGGUCAUCCAGGUGGAAGAGAGCAAUGCGAAGCUGGAUACCACCAACUCACAGGGAGCAACAGCUUAUGACAACUAUGAGGAGGAAGACUUUGACUUUGACGCUCUAUCUCUCUCCCACGCCUCCAGCUCAGAUAGUGAAGGCAGCUCCAUCUGGGGAGAAGAUACCAACGCCCAAGAGAACAUCCGUCCCGAAACCAGGGCUCACUCUGUCUUCGACUUCUAUAGAUAA